GAGAGGCGGGGCGCGGGAAGCUGUGACACCAAGAGGUGCAUCAGUAACGGAAUCACUGUUUACCAGCCAGCCGGUAAUUAGUGAUGUCAGUUUGUUAGAGCGUGAGGACAACGGAGAGGAGCGGCCAGUGGAAGAGAGAGUGGCGUGGAGCCACCGGGGUGAUAAUGGGGCAGUGGCGCGUGAGGAGGCGAUGACAAAGCCUUUACCGCUGCAGCGCGACCUAACCGGAUAACAUCACCUACACACACCGGGGAAUCUUUUUUCACCUAGUUUUACCGAGCCUGCACUCUCUGGGCCAGUGCUACUGGAUUACCGAGUUACCGCGCUAAACUAGCGAUUGUAUCUAUCUUGGCGACACCCAGAGAAGGGUGGAUGAGGCGGGAGAUAUGAGGGUCCACUGCGCCCACUCUGGAUUAUAACGUCACCAUCUAGCUGCUUUAAGGAUAGGCUAUCGCUUCUCUUGUCUGCUUUCACUGGAUCUCUGUUGCCUUCAUUUACCCAUGUAGGUUAGUUCGAGUUCUGUCGUCUUUCUAUGGAGCUUUCUCUAUGUAAGUGCCAUUAUCUCCCGGUAUCUGCUGCUCUCUAGGCUACUGUGUGUCUACUGUCUGCUGCACCCAACCUGUGGAGAGAGGGAGAGUUGAGGGAGAAAAGAUAGAGAGUUGGGGGAGAGAGAGAGGAAGUGGGGGGAAAGAUAGAGCAAAUUGGGGGAAGAGAGAAAGGCAAAGAGAGAGAGAGACAGAGAUCUGCAGGUUAUUUAUCUGUUGGAGCUACAGUCUGCCGCCAGGGGCUCUGAUGAGUGAAGCCCUGAAAAGGAGCUGUCUGACCAGGGAGAACUAGGCUGUCCUCCUUCCUGUCUGUCUGUCUGUCUACCGGAGAACACUGGGACAGUAGUGCCUGUGGACCCGAUGCUGUGUGCACCUGAUGGUCGGCGUGCCCGCUGUUUCCUCUCGCUGGUGGGAGAGGCUCAAGACGUUGUGUCCAGAGCGCGCUAGGAGGAUGCUGCGCCAGGUGUUGCAGGCAGGCCUGAGGAGCUCUUUCCAGGCUCUGGGUCGGUUCGUGGCGAGCCACCCAGUCUUCUUCGCCUCCGCCCCCGUACUGGUGUCUGUCCUGCUGGGGGCCAGCUUCAGUCGGUACAGAGUGGAAGGUAACGUGGAGUCCCUCCUGGUUCCUAAACACAGUCUGGCGAAGAUAGAAGGAAACCUGGUGGACUCACUGUUUCCUGUCAACAGAUCUAAACACACCCUGUACUCUGACCUGCAGACUCCAGGUCGUUACGGUCGUGUUAUAGUCACCUCUAGGAGAGGCAGCAUCCUGGACCCUCUACACACAGACCUGGUACUCAAGCUCCAUCGUGCUGUCGUUCAGCUCCAGGUUCCAGUGUUGGGGUUCAACUACUCUUUCUCCCACCUCUGUCUUCUCGACGACAAGAAUACCUGCAUCAUCGAUGACAUCAUCCGAUUCCUGGAGGACAGCCAAUCAGCUCGCUUCGCUAACCGUUCUUCCCUUCCUCUGCGCUACCCAAUCACACGUCUGGCUGACGGGCGGAUGGCCUACAUUGGUCACCAGUUAGGAGGGGUGCAGGCGUGGGGGGCGGGGCCUGCAGUACAGGGCCCAGGGGGUGUGUCUGGUCGAGGCCAAGGAGUCCGGAGCGCUAGAGCUCUGCAGCUGACCUACUACCUGCAGGCUCGCGGCGCCCUGACGGACAGGGUGGCUAGCCAAUGGGAGCAGGCGUUCUGUGGCGAGCUGGGCCGGUUUGGGGCGGGACACCCUGAACUGAGCUUAUACCCCUUCACUUCAUCCUCUCUAAGGACAGACUUCCAGGCGUCGUCAGUGCUGGCUCGGCGCCCCCUGCUGGCCAGUGUAUGUGUGUGUUUGGUGUUAGCCGUGGGCUGUUGUUCGAUGAGGGACUGUGUGAGAGCUAAACCCUGGCUAGGGCUUUUGGCUCUGCUGUCUAUCGCCCUCUCUGGUCUCACUGCUGCUGGCAUCCUUAACCUGACUGGAACCACUUACAACUCAACCUACCUGGGGGUACCAUUCAUACUGCUGGGUCACGGACUGUUUGGCACAUUCGAGAUGCUAUCGUCAUGGAGAAGGACACGUGAGGACCAACAUGUUAAGGAGCGUGUAGCUAGCGUAUUCUCUGAUGUCAUGCUGCGUUACUCAGGAGCUACACUGCUACAUCAGGUGUCUCUGGGUCUGGCUGCGUCUCCUCUGACCAACCUGGAGGCUGUCCGGCUGUUCUGUCGCUGCGCUGCAUUGGGCGUAACCGUUGGUUACCUUUACACCUUGUCCUUCUACGCCACCUGUCUGGUUGCCACAGGUUACCUGGAGACAGGGUACAGACACGGGUGUUUCUGCCGCCGUGUCCCCAAGAAGGGAGCGCUGGACACCAAGCCACGCUGGUACCGCUGUCUCAUGUACACACGCUACCAGGAUGAGACACACUCACAAACUCACUCACACACACCCAACUCUACACACACACACACACCUAAUGCUGCGCACGCCUACACACAUACAGAAAAUCCUGACUCACACUUGUUGCUAGGCUGCGUGCAGCGUUGCUAUGGAGACUGGAUCACCAACACCUAUGUGAAGCCCUUCAUGGUUCUGCUCUACCUCGUAUACAUCUCCUUUGGCCUGAUGGGCUUCCUACAG